AUGCCUGUUAUUUUUAAGGGAGAUGACAUUACGCAGAACUUACAUGUAACUCCAAUGCUCAUUUCAGGUCUUAACCUCCUUACGAACCUCUUGCGUGUGCCGGAGGGCGUUAACGUGGAGUCUCUCUUCGCGGGUCUACCGCGAUCCUUGUGGUGCCGACUGAUUCAGUUGCUCUGUCUCUCUGACUUGGGUCUGGUGUGUGCGGUUUUGGAGGCUCUCUACACCGCCACAGGCAUGGGAGGUCUCGCGUGCACGCGUCUGUGGGGCGCUCUUGCCUCUGCUGAUGACACUGUUUCGAAACGUGCUCCAGCAACAGUCUUUGCUGCUCGUCGCGCCUCUAUUCACCUCCGGCCUCUUCUAGCUCUCCUCAGUCUCGAGGGGCAAUCUAUGGGCCCGGGAUCCCUGCAUCGCGUCAAGGUAAUGCAACGUCAGCUUCAGCCCGUUCUCGCUCCGAUGCCAUCAUCGGUACCGCCGCCGUCACAGAUGGUGAUGGGUCAGCCUGUGAUGCAUCACCCGCCAUCUUUUCAUUCUCAUUACCACUCUUAUCAUCACCAUUCUCAGCCGACGGUAUCUCUACCUCUACCCCAAUACCCCUCUCAACAAGCUCCUCGUCACCCCUCACCUGUACCACUACAACCGAUGUCCAAUCCGCAUUUAGUGCCUUCUCGGCCCCACACUGUACCAACACAGACACGUCUAAUCCUCCCACCUUCUCCACGUCCAACGCCCUCAUCGCCGUCUUUGGCGAGCCUCUUAGGCCCCGGUUUAACUUCCUCCCCUACUGCCACCACUAAUUCAAGGGCUCUGGCAGUCCCACCUCAGGUGGCCAAUGUGAAGCCGGAGCCAUGCACUCUUUCUGAGCUCACCGAUCGACUGCAGAUGCCACCACCUCAAAUGCCACCUCCGAGACGGACAUCUACGCGAGUCAACGGUGCUGCCACGUCCUCCGCACCCAACCGAUCACCUCUCGUGAAUGGAAAAAGUGAUUGCGCUCUUCUUUUCCUUUAUUGUUCAUACGCCUGA